AUGACAUGUAUAGCCACUGAGGAUGAUGUGGAUGUUUUUGUGUCUGGAUAUGCCUUUCGUCUUAAAAUUUGGCAUGAGAGAGGCCUGACUUUGUUGAGACGAGAAACUGGGAAUGAACACGUGAAGAAGGUUUCUAAUGUGGACAAGGAACUAUACUUUCGCAGUCAACAUUCCAGCAUGAUAAAUGGAUUCCAGACUUGUUUCCCAGCAUAUGGGCCAGUUGUUAGGCUUGCAAAACGAUGGGCUGCUUCACAUCUAUUUUCGGCUAGCUUGGUAGAGGAGGCAAUUGAGCUAUUGGUAGCAUAUAUAUUUUUGAAGCCUUUACCAUUUAAUGCUCCAUGCUCACGGGUCACUGGAUUUUUAAGGUUCCUGCGAUUACUAUCAGAUUAUGACUGGACCUUUUCUGCAUUAGUUGUUGACAUAAAUAAUGAUUUAACAUCAAAUGAUGAGAAAGAGAUAAGAGAGAACUUCAUGUUAAGUAGAAAAGGUUAUGAAGAAAAUCCUCAAAAUGUAAACUCAGCAAUGUUCCUAGCUACAUCCUACGACAAGGCAUCUGAGGCUUGGACCAAAUUUUCACCAAACUCAAUGGAGCUAAAAAGGUUGAUGGCUUAUGCUGGAAGCAGUGCAAACUUGUUGACCAAACUGAUAUUGGAGGACCAUAGUGAUUCUUAUAGAUGGGAGUGCCUUUUUCGAACUCCUUUGAACAAUUAUGAUGCUGUAAUUCUUCUCCAUAGAGAAAAAUUACCUUAUCCCCAACGCCUUCUCUUUCCAUCAGAAUUACAUCAAGGGGUUCAUGUGGCACGUGGGAAUGCGAGCAAGGGUUUCCACCCCUUUCUUUUGCCUGGAGAUUUUAAAGGAAGCUCAGAGGAUCUAAGAAACAAAGUAUUGGUAAACUUCGAUCCGCUGAGGUGUUUUGUUGGGGAUCUAGAGAAAGAGUACUCAAACACUUUCAAGCUAUGGUAUGAUUGUCUGGGUGGUGAUGCUGUUGGAAUAACAUGGGGAGGAUGUAUUUCAAAGAAACGGGGCCGGGAAGAAGCAGAUGAGGAAGUAAAGGAUCCAAUUGAUUUGUUAAAAGAUGUUGGUAAAGUUGGAACAGGGUUCGUCAGGGGCAUUUAUCUUCUAAAAGCCCCAAGGCGGUCGUAAUUGAUCUAUUAGAUUCUAAAACACUGAAAGAUUCCUGUAUCACAAAAAUUUUGCUCCUAGAGUUACUGCUGCUUUAUAGCUACGUACACCAGUAGAGACCUCCUGCACCUUGGAAAUGUGUGAGGACAGGUUGAUCGAGGUUAGAGGAUCUUGUUUGUACCAUUUUCAGUGUCAGAUUUACUGAAUUGCAAUUCCAGUACUCUAGAACAGAAGAAAUGGAAGCGUUUUGUACAGUUGUAUUUCUGGCCACGAGAAUUUUGACGAUCCCCAAUUGUAGCAUGUUAAAAUUUGGGGUUGUUAAAGCGUAUUUGCGGAUAUUGAACUAUAUUAUACUUUCAU